AUGACGAGGAGGAGCCAGACUACAAAUGCAGAAGGAGAUGCAUUACAAGGAGAGGAAAUCCCUGAAGAAGAAGAAGACAAACUGGAAAAUGACAGAAUCCCUCAAACUCAACAUGGAAAGGAAAUCUCGGAAGCUGCAUUGCAAGGAGAGGAAAUCCCUGAAGAAGAUCAAGAGGAAAAAGAAAGAAUCCCUCAAACUCAACAAGCAGCUGUUCGUGAAGCAAGUCCACGACCAACCCAAUACCGUCCAACUUCAGGAACCGGUUCUGAUUCUGAUGCACCCCAAAAACACUCUUUCAAACGGGCCAAGCGGGAUCAGAAGGAUGGUGCAAGAAAGAACAAGACGAGGAAGGAUGUUGUUAUUGGUGCAAGGAAAAAAGAAAACCAAAAGAAGGCUUCUGUCUAUGCCACUCCAUCUUCUUUUGCUAGGGUUUUUACCGAGAAAGAUGAGAUUGAUAUACUCCAAGGUGUGAUUGAUUACGCCAAAUUGCAAAAUGUCACUGAUUUGUCAGCUCACACGAAUGCAGUUUAUGAGUUCUUGAAAGGGAAGCUUCAUUUUGAGUUUACAAAGACUCAGGUAUAUGGGAAAAUCAGACGCUUGAAGAACAACUACUUGAAAAUCCUGGAGAAACGUAAAGGUAGUGGAAACGACCCUGUUUUCUUGAGUCCACAUGAAUCUAUUUCCUUUGAGCUUUCAAAAAAGCUAUGGGGUGGUGUUGAUUUUGUUGAUGAUGUGAAGAGUGGAAUGAAGAAGAAAAUGGAUGGAAAGAAGGCUAUGGUUAGAAAAUUACAACUAAAGCAUGAUGAUGAAGUGAAUGUUGAGGAAGAUCAAGGAGGUUUCAAGCCUAAUCAUCCAUUUUUGGAGGAGUCAUCUGAUGUAAAAAAUCUUGAACUUUUGUGGAUGCCUGAAAGUUUGAAAGUCUUUAUGAGGGGAAAUAUGACUUUGAUUGAUUGCGAGAAGGCAAAGGAGUUGGAGGUUAAAUGGAAGGAAUUACGGAGAAAGGAGAUUGAACUCUUCUUGAUGAAGUUAAACUUGAGGAUGGAGCUGAUAAAUCAUGUCUUGGAUGCAAUGAAGAAAGGGUGA